AUGGGCCAGCAACAAUCGGCUGAGGAUAAGAAGAGCUCGGGUUCCAGAUCUGGCACGCCGCAAGCUGAAAGAGAACGCAAGAUCAACCGCAGGAUUUCCAUUCAGGCUCUCUCACAAGGCCGAGGCACCCCUGUCGACGCUUCUGCUACCAAAGAUACCGCUGUUGCCCAAACCACCUCCCAACAUCUCGAGAAGCCAGCGUUACAGCAGUAUCUUCAGGCCUCGUCCUCUGACCCUCAUGCCAGAACUGCCAAGGUCGAGAGGUCCACCUCGAGGACAUCUCGCGAGAAGAGGAAUGAUGACUACAGACAGAGAUAUCAGACUCCCAGUCAGCCACCUCUUGCUGUCCCACCGGCUUCGGGUCCCAUGGAUGUACCCAUGUCUCGAAGCAAACAAGAGCCCAUCGAGGAACGCUUUGAUGGGAAGCAGGAGGAUUUCCCAGAGGGUCAUGCGUAUGAGGAUCGACGUUAUGCACCCGUGGCUCAACUUCGACCUCCUCGUCUCCCUCUUCCUAUCGCUGACGUCCCGAUACCCGAAUCCCCAACUCUAAUGCCUAUUGACAAGGGCAAUGCCGACGUCCCGAUAUUCGAGACUGAUGAUCCUCUGUCGACUGGGGAACCUCCGAUGAGAAGGAGGAGUUCUAUGUUGAGCACGACCACGCAGUCCGAGGAUGAGCUUGGCGAGGAGUUGCAGCCGUAUGCAGUUCACCCUCCGACGCAAACUGUUCCGACUGUUAUCGAAUGGAACCAUGGUGGACACAAGGUUUACGUGACGGGUACUUUUGCCAAUUGGGAAAAGAAAUACAGACUCCAUCCGAGAAAGAACGCGCCUGGUAUGUUCACCACCAUCAAUCUCCCCUCGGGAACCCAUCACCUUAAAUUCGUGGUGGAUGGGGAGAUGGUUACCAGUCCCGAGCUGCCCACCGCUGUCGAUUUCAACAAUUUCUUAGUCAACUACAUCGAGAUUGCUACGGAAGAUAUCACCAAGCCCAGAAGGGAAAGCACCCAACCAGGGGCCAAGGCCAAUACACUAGUACCAGAGGAACAACGUGAACAAGCCGAGUCUGGAGAGCAAACACCUGAAGAUUCUGACAUGGAAGAACCUCACCUUGAGGAAAUCCCGAUGGGUGAUUGGCGUCAAGUCGUUCCACCAUACCUGAUCGAUGUCGACCUGAGUGAAGAUGACCCCAAGUACAAGGCCGCGGGCCAGAUCAUCCAAGAACUCGGCAACCCACCGUCGUUGCCACUCUUCUUGACCAAAUCGAUUCUCAACGGUAAUUUGCCAGUCAAGGACGAUAACAGCGUCCUGACUCUGCCAAACCAUACCGUCCUGAACCAUCUCAUGACUAGCAGCGUGAAGAAUGGUGUCCUAGCGACCAGUGUGACGACCCGCUACAAGAAGAAGUAUGUGACGACGAUCUCCUUUAAGCCUGUUCCACGGGCACAAACCGUUGAAUAA